UACACAAUUAUUCCCUCAAUACAGGCAUAAACAGUCACAACGUGGCAAGUCACUGACAAUAUUGCCAGUGGUUGAUUCCCUCAGCGAAUUUUGUUAUCCUUAUCAGUAUUUUAUGAAAGAGAAAACUAUCGUAUGACACAAUAUUUGAUUGUUUACUGGUGAAUAUAUUGCUGGACUGAACAGCUGAUUUUUUCGUGAAGUGAUUAUUUGAGAGAUUAUUUAGCAGCUGAAAGGAUUACUGUUGAAAAUUACGCCUGGAAGAAAUGAAUAUUCGUCGAGUGCUUUCAGUAGUAAUUAGAAGUGAAGAAUAUACUGUAUAACAUAAAUCCAAGGCUUGACAGCUAAUGAUUCAUAGAGAAAAAAAAUCACGUAUGUCAGUUGGUAUCCAAUUGAAUGAUUCCAGGUUAAUAAAAUUCAACGGCUGUUACAAUGAAACGUAAAAAUGAUAGACAGGAUUCAAUAGAGCAUGGUCAGCUGGAGUCCAAUGGGGAUCACGAACCAGGAAAUAUUCGUGGAGACGAGGGCAACAUUGCACUCCUCCUAUUUUUGUAUUUACUCCAGGGAAUUCCUCUUGGUCUGUGCAGUGCAAUCCCCAUGAUACUUCAAAAUAGCCACGUCUCUUAUAAACAACAGGCUGAAUUCAGUUUUGUCCUGUGGCCGUUCUCGUUGAAACUCUUCUGGGCUCCAAUAGUCGAUGCUAUUUACUCCCAGAAAUUCGGAAGACGAAAGACAUGGCUCAUACCCAUACAGUAUACCAUGGGUAUGUUCAUGCUGUACCUCUCGGGACACGUGCAGCAAUGGAUGAAUGACAGUCAACCGAGUAUUGGAUUACUCACUGUAUUAUUUUUUUCUCUCAAUGUCCUGGCGGCUACUCAAGACAUUGUAGUCGAUGGCUGGGCUCUCACCAUGUUGAAAAGAAACAACGUGGGAUAUGCUUCCACCUGCAACAGCGUUGGUCAAACAGCAGGAUAUUUCCUUGGAUAUGUUCUUUUUAUGGCACUAGAAUCUGCUGAAUUUUGUAAUGCAUAUCUUCGGUCGACUCCAAUGACUGAGGGACUAAUUACACUUCCCGGAUUCUUAUAUUUCUGGGGCUGGGCUUUUAUUGCUUGCACAACAAUGGUUGCUAUUUUCAAACGCGAAACUGACGAGAAGCAUGCUCAGACUAACGACCUCUGGAAAGAUGUUAAACACUCGUACAGUUUGCUCUGGGCUACUGUAAAAUUACCUACCAUUAAAAUGACAGCGUUGAUUCUCCUCACUUCCAAGAUUGGAUUCUCAGCAUGCGAUGCAGUGACGGGCUUGAAGCUCAUAGACGUUGGUGUACCAAAAGAAAAAAUAGCCUUGAUGGCAGUUCCAUUGAUACCACUGCAGAUAGUCUUACCACUAGCUAUAUCUAGACACACCGUGGGUCCACGACCACUGGAUGUUUUUCUAAAAGCCAUGCCUUACAGACUCUUAUGUGGUCUGAUUGCAGCAGGAUUGGUGUGGAUAACACCGUCCUUCAUAAAAAAUGGCGAGAUAUCGCCGUAUUAUUUUGUCCUCCUUGUUCUCCUCUACGUUUUCCAUCAGAUAACAGUAAGUAGUAUGUUUGUUGCUUCUAUGGCAUUUUUCGCCAAGGUGAGUGAUCCUGCUGUGGGUGGUACCUACAUGACGUUUUUGAAUACACUUUGUAAUCUCGGGGGCAACUGGCCCACAACAGCUGCACUCUGGUUUGUCGAUGCUCUUACGUGGAAAUCCUGCAGCAGUGAUUCUAAUAAUGAUUGCAGUACGCCUGCAGCACAAGAGCAAUGCGAGCUCAAUGGCAAGUGCUUCACACGAUUGGAUGGAUACUACCUCGAGAGUAUCGUCUGCAUAAUAAUUGGCAUCGCAUGGUUCAGAUGGGGAAAGAGGAAAAUAAAUUACUUGCAAUCAAGACCGAUGACUGAUUGGAAAGUCGUAGCGCACAGGAGUUAACGUUUAUCGAUUGUCUAGAUUCGUCAUCCUGAAAUUCAUCUGAUAAUAUAAUUUACCUUCACAACCAUUUAUUUAUCGAACAAGUGGGAAGGAUGUAAAAUCGGUAAAACUCCAGAAUUUUACAUAAUCUGUUUAAUCUCGUAAUUGUCCAUAUUGGCACAAUAUUGAAUCUAAUUCAGGUACCGAUUGGGAGUCAAAUUGUUGUUUAAUCACCAUUCCAAUAAAUCAUGUUUUUAGAGAUA